AUGGCCAUGUGCUCCUUCGACAUGAAGUUCACAUUUGUGUACCCAGGUUGGGAGGGUAGCGCCCACGAUGGAUGUGUUUUCUUUGCGGCAGUAUCGAAUCCGGACUUUCACUUCCCACAUCCACCACUUAGGAAGUUCAAAUUUGAAGAAGAUUGUUCUCAUAUAUGCUUUUGGAUCUAUUCUAGUAGAAAACACAUUAUACUGACUAGAGUAAUUUCUGAUUUAGAUAAGUACUAUUUGGUCGAUUCUGGAUACACCAAUAUGCUGGGUUAUCUUCCUCCGUACCGAGGACAACGAUAUCACAGGGACCAAUGGGAUGGGGCGAAUACAAUAUUCCGCACGCCAUACGAACUAUUUAACUACAAGCACUCUUCCUUGAGAAAUGUAAUUGAGAGAUGCUUUGGGGUUUUGAAAAAGAGGUUUCCAAUAUUAAAGGGUAUGCCUAAUUAUGACUACGCCCUUCAAUCAACAAUUGUUACGGCUUGUUGUGUUAUCCACAACUUUAUCUUAAUGCAUCAUGGGAGAGAUGAAUAUUUUGACGGUUACAAUAAAGAUAUCGAAUGGGAAGGAGAAACUGAUGAAGAGGUCGACAAUGAUGAUGUGGGUGAAGUAGAGCCUUUGAACACAUCUUGUGUGGGUUUGGAAUUGAUGGCGCAUAAACGAGACCAAAUGGCUAUUGAAAUGUGGGAUGCAUAUUGA